UGUUAAUAUAUGAGGCUUUGUAUAGGCAACUGGCUUGCGACCUAGGUCACAUAUCUCCAGGUUGGCAGAUCACAUUGAUGAUAUUUUGGUACCGAGCACGUGGAAUGAUUUCAUAAGUCGAAGUAUCAUUCGUCACGGGAUUUAGCAAAGCACUAAUCUUUAGCAGCUACAUAUACGGUAUUCACAGCAGAGCGGCUCUAAAGGUGUCCAGAAGCAUGCUCACAAACGUUCUCUCGUAUCAUGAGGUCAUGCCAGCGUACUUGGACUUUAUUUUAGCAUUCGGGUUGAAGUACGAACCAGAUGAUCUCAAAUUCAGUGCCUUCAUGGAGCAGACUACUCUAUCAGCACCACGUGGACCUGUCACAACAGAGCUAGGCCGAAGCGGACGGCAGUUCCAGCUAUGUUACAAUCUACGGACCGCGACCAAGAAAUCUGAGGAGAACGGCUUGGGUAAUCAUCAGGAAUGGUCCAUCCAACCAGCUGCAAUCCACCAUCAGUUUGAUGUAAUCGAAGGCACUACCCUCUGGAUAGUCACAAAAGGGGGUCGCGAUUUAUACCACCGUUAUAAGGAUUUCACUGCAUCAAGCGUUCGGCCAAGUGGCUUGGCUUUCACAUCACCAGAAGAGUGCCUGCGAUCGAGCCUCUCAACACAUCUAAUGUUCUGUCGUUGGGCUACGGAGGGAUGGCGAUGGUUCUUGAAGUGGCUUGAAAUGACUGUUGAGGAAGAGGUAGGGCAAAGUACUCGCAGACAAAGCCGCAGGAAUCGUCAUUGCAUUGGAGACGAAUGUGGAUAUCUUGACCUUACUUCGCGAAUACUACUGUAAGCUGGUCAGCAGACAUGAUUAUCCAUCAGCCUUGAUUUCGUACUUUCA